UCCGGAUAUCCCAAUAAGAAGGCAAGACGACGGGAGAGACAGCAACAUGGCUACCAAUUCCACUUUCUGUAAUAUCUGCGAAUUGAGACAUCUUUCAAAUAUGUCAACUAGUUGGUGUCCUGAAUGUGAACAGUGUCUUUGUUCAGAAUGUAAGGAGCAUCACGGCAUUGCCAAAAUAUUACGUAAUCAUAAGCUAAUACCAAUUGAAGAUUACAAGAAAUUACCUCCCUUUAUAUCUGAACUUCGUCAGAGUUGUCAAGAACAUAACGAAAAUUACCAGCUGUAUUGUCCAUCUCACGAAAUCUGUAUUUGCUACAAGUGUAUAAAAUGUCAUGGGAAAUGUGGCGCUGUUCCGCUAGAUGAUAUGCUGAAAGAUAUUAAAACGUCCGAAAUGUACAAGGACUUGGAACAAAUUAUGACUGACAUGCUCGAAAAUAUUAGAGAAAUUAAAAAUGACCGACACAACAUAUCAGACAUCGAAACAGAAAAGGAGAAACAACUGGAAGAGAUCCGUCAAAUGAGAUUAUUAGUCAAUAAUCACCUUGACAAGCUAGAAGAAAAGUUAAAAAUUGAGAUUGAAGAAACAGUCAGAAAAACUACUGAGAAGAUCAGAAAGACUAUAGUAUUAGUUCACGAAACUGAGCAGAAGAUAUCUAAGAAUAUAGCAGACCUAAAUGAUAUUCAAAGUUACGCGUCAGAUCUCCAGACUUUUCUUGGCAUGAAAGAAAUGCAAACUAGAAUAUCAGAAAACGAAAAAAGUAUGCAGUCAUUACUUGACGAUGAUCUUUUACAGCAAAGGGUAAUAAAAUCGGCAGUUGAUACAAAUAUAGGGAACUGCUUGUCUGAACUAAAAGUAUUCGGAUCUGUAGAGAUUCUAACCAAACAAGAGAGAUUGUCGCUUAGAAAGAGGAAAAAUAAACAAGCACAACUGUUAGCAGUACAGAAACAACAAUCUAUUCAAGAUAUAACAUUGAACCAAGUACAAACAAUGACAUCCAAUGGCGGUACCAUACGUGGUUGCUGUGUCACAACAGAGAAUCACUUGCUUUUAACACUUCACUCACAGAGAAAACUAAGCCUAAUGGAUUUUCAUGGGUCCUGCCUAGUCACUAUUCCAAUUGAAAUCGGUGACUCAUACGAUGUUACAUUUCUCGACGACAAUCACAAUGUUGCUGUCACUUCAGGUAAAUAUGAUAUUCUUCAUGGAAUCAACAUUAUACAUUUGCCUCCAGGAUAUUAGUGAUGUUUAUCGAACUACCGGGAAAACCUUACAACAUAGCAAGUAGUGAUGAAAAAAUACUCUGUGUUGUAGUGAACAUGGGUAUAUAUCAAAUUAAUAAAUACGAUUAUAAAAUAUCAACCUUUAUUAAAGGGGAUUUUCCUCUCGAAUCAUUCGUAAUGACAUCUGAAGACAAAAUAUAUUAUUCGAACGAUAAAAGCUCUGUCAUAUGUACCAAUCAUUCAGGAGAAACGCUUUGGGAAUUCAAUUAUAAAAGUGUCCUGAGGCAGCCACGUGGUGCUACAUUUGACAAUAAUGGGAACCUGUAUAUAACUGGAGAGUCAUCGUGUAACGUUGUAGUCCUGUCAAGUGAUGGUAAACAUCAUAGAGAAAUCCUGACGGGGUCGGACGGUCUACAAGGACCAUCAGCAAUAUUCUUUGACAAAGAUGAAAAAAGGUUGAUUGUCUCCAGCGGCAAUGCAACACUUUUAAUUUUCAAUGUUUCGUCAGCUUGAGAGAGGAUAUAAUAAAUUUAAAUU